AUGAAGAAGACACUGAUCCUGUGCUUCAUCCAUGGCUUCAAGGCAAGUACACACACUCUCUCCUUCCCAUCGCAACCAUCGACUGGGGGUGAGGAGACAUUCGGCCACAAAUACGCCUUCACCCAGCACCUGCGCGACCUCGUCGCCGAGCGGCUGCCCAAGCUCGACGUCCAGGUGCUGGUGUACCCCAAGUACGAGACGCGCGGCGACCUGGCCGACUGCGUGUCGCGGUUCCGCGACUGGCUGCAGGAGAAGGUGAUCGACAUCGAGGUGGGCAAGGGCACGCCCUCGCCGACCGUCGACCCCUCGGUGCGCGUCGUGCUGUGCGGCCACUCCAUGGGCGGCAUCGUCGCCGCCGAGACCCUCAUCGCCCUGACCAGCGAGCGCGUCAUCCCGCCCUCGUCGGCGUCCGGCGGCUCGGGCGACGGCAACCACACCGCCGCGCCCGCCGAGGGCGACAAGUCUUUCGAGCUCAACGGCCUCAUGUUCCCCUACGUCCAGGGCGUCCUCAGCUUCGACACGCCCUACCUGGGCAUCAGCCCCGGCGUCGUCGCCCACGGCGCGGAGACCCACUACAGCACCGCCAGCGCGGCGCUCACCCAGCUGAGCACGCUGACCGGCCUGUGGGGAGCGAAGGGCGCCGCCGACGCGGGAAAGGAUGCUGAAGCAGCGCAGCAGCGGGGCCAGCAGGAGAAGAAGCCCGUCGCGGCGCUGCCGCCGGCCACGGGCGGGGCAGCCGGCAACAAGGCCAACGACUCGUCAUCAUCGACGUGGGGCUCCUGGGGCAAGAUGGCGCUGUAUGCGGGCGCGGGGGCCGCGCUGGCCGGGAGCGCCGCGGCGGCGUACCUGAAGCGCGACCAGCUGACCGAGGGCUGGACGUGGGUGUCGUCGCACCUCGAGUUCGUGGGGUGCCUCGCGCGCGGGGAGGAGCUGCGGCGGCGCGUCGCGUACAUGGCGCGCGCGCAGAACGAGCUGGGCGUCGGCUUCGGCGUGCUGUACACGCGCCUGGGGAAGGGGGCCACGGCCCUGCAGCAGCAGGUCGCGGGCAUCGGCGGCACCAACAUGGUCGGCACCGUGCUCGGGGGCCAGAGGACCUUCUGCAACCUGCCCAGCAGGCGCAACGGGCCUGAGAAGCUGGGCGUGUGGGAGGAGGCCGUCAAUGACCAGGCUGGGGACGAGACGUCUGCGCACAUGGCCAUGUUCGAACCAAAGGAAAACCCCGGGUACGACAAGCUCUCCAGUACAGCGGCGGACCUCAUCGCGAAGUGGUCGAGCAAUGACUGUGAUGAGGACUUCAUUGCGAAGGGAGAGGUUGUGCAGUCUGCGCCACCAUCUUGA